CGUUCUCGCACAUCUUUUUUUAAUGAGCAUCAUUUGCAAAACCAAAUCUUAUUCUGGGUAAACUAAAAAUCCAGAGGGUUUUUAUACGGGUUGGUCCCGAGGCACUUUCACCCCCAAAGACAUAGAGACAGUUUUUAGUUAAAAAUUACGUUAUAGAAGUACGCAAGUAUACUCAAUGCAGAUUCAUGUCAAGCAAAUUUAUCGACUUAAUCACUGAAACUCGGGAUCGAAAUGGCUUAUAACAAAUUCAGAAACUGCGAGCUUACUAGUUGGGUUGUAUUAUGGCUUCCAUCAGAUGGGUUUCACAUUUACACGAACGUAUUAAUUUUUAUAAUCGAAGAUGUUCAUUCGUUGCUGCUGCAAAUGUUAAAAUCCAAUGUUCACCAACUGCCAAGCUGUAUUCAUAUGGCAAAGAAAAUAUGGAUACCUGUAUCAGGGACUAUUUAUCUCUCAUGGAAGCUUCUACAACCUUAAUGCAACUGGAACACCUCCAUGCCAAUGUUUUGUUUAGUAGUUUUGACCAGAACAACUUUUUGCGAACAAAACUUGUCGUGAUGUACGUUAGCUUAAGUUGUUUGAAGUAUGCACGCCGACUGUUUGACGAAAUGUCUGAUCGCAAUGUACUGUUGUGGAAUUUCAUGAUUAGAGAAUAUGGAAAUGUUGGGCAGUAUGAAGAAAGCCUUAAGCUUUAUCAUCGCAUGCAAGAGGAAGGUGUAAAGGCAAAUAAGUUUACUUUUCCUUUUGUACUCAAAGCUUGCACAGGGUUGUCGGCUCUGCAAGAGGGUAAGGAAGUUCAUCAUCACAUUGUUAGAAGUGGAAAUGAGUUAGAUGUUUUUGUGGCUGCUUCACUUAUUGAUAUGUAUGGAAAAUGUGGGAGUCCCACGGAGGCAAGGCAUGUGUUUGACAAAAUGCCUGUUAGAGAUUUGGUUUCGUGGAAUUCAAUGAUUGCUGGGUAUGGGUAUAGUGGAUAUUCCAAUGACGCCUUGGUACUCUUUAAUCAAAUGCACAGCGCAGAUCUAAAACCCAGUUCAGUCACUAUGGUUAACAUGUUGUCUGGCUGUUCCGGAUUAGGAGCUCUGGAACAGGGGAAGGGGUUGCAUGCGUACGCUAUUAAAACUGGGUUAGAGUCGAAUGUUUUUGUGGCAACUGCUCUCAUUGACAUGUAUUCCAAAAAUGAGAGUAUUGAAAAUGCAGGGCGAGUUUUUGAUUGCAUGCAUGAAAGAAAUUUAGUUUCAUGGAACAUGAUGAUUACCGCUCAUGCCCAACACUGGCAUGUAAAUGAGAUGUUAAUAUUGUUUGGUAAAAUGCAAGCGGCAGAAGUGAAACCCAAUUCUGUGACUAUAGUUAGCGUGCUAUCAGCAUGUGCUCGUUUCGGAGCUUUGGACCAGGGCAAGUGCAUCUAUACCCAUGUCAUUAAAAGGGGAUUCAAAUCAAAUGUUUUUGUGUCAAAUGCCAUCAUAGAUAUGUAUGCCAAAUGCAGCAGUGCAGAAGAUGCUCGCCAAGUUUUCAAUGAAAUGGCAACAAGAGAUGUGAUCUCAUGGACUUCUAUGAUUGCAGCUUAUGUACAAAAUGGACAUAACAAUGAGGCCUUGUCAUACUUUUAUCAAAUGCAAUUGGAUGGUGUGAAACCAGAUUCGUUGGCCUUGGUGAGUGUGCUUUCAGGGUGUGCUAGUGCGGCAGCUCUGCAAGAAGGCCAGAAGAUGCAUAACUACAUAAUAAAAAAUGGAUUUGAAUUAGAUGUUCUAGUAGGAAACUCCCUUAUAGAUAUGUAUGCCAAAUGCGGUAGUAUAAGUUUGGCCCGCCAAUUGUUUGACAAGUUGUCUAAAAGAAAUGUAGUCUCAUGGAGCGCAAUGAUUGCUGGGUAUGCUCAAAAUGGACAUGCUAAGGCGGCAUUGGAACUAUUUAAUCAAAUGCAACUUGCAGAUGUGAAACCUAACUCUAUGACCAUGGUCAGUGUACUCUCAUCAUAUGCACAGUUGGGAGCUUUACAACAGGCAAAGAGGAUACAUGAUUAUGUCAUUAGCAGUGGAAUGGAAUCAGACGUUUUUGUUAGCACUGCCAUCAUAGACAUGUAUGCUAAAUGUGGAGGAAUUGAAAUUGGAAGGCAAUUAUUUGAUAAGAUGUCUAAAAGAAAUGUUGUCACAUGGAACACACUGAUUGCAGGGUAUGGGAUGCAUGGUCAUGGUAAGCAAGCUCUCACACUCUUUUGUCAAAUGCAACAGGCGUGCAUCAAGCCAAACCAUAUUACUCUGGUCAGUGUUUUGUCAGCAUGUAGUCAUGCAGGCUUGGUGGAGGAGGGUUGGCAAUACUUCAAUUCCAUGGAUCAAUAUGGGAUUGUACCUACUAUGAGGCAUUAUGCAUGCAUGGUUGACCUUCUUGGUCGUGCUGGGCAUUUGAAUGAGGCUGAAAAUUUUAUUCAAAAAAUGCCAUUAGAUCCUGAUGCAAGUGUGUGGGGAGCCUUGCUUGCUGGUUGCAGAAUCCACAACAACAUUGACCUCGGAGAACGUGUUGCAGAACGGCUUUUUAAAUUACAGCCUGAAAAUGCUGGAUAUUUUGUACUUCUUUCAAAUAUAUAUGCUGCAGCUGGCAGAUGGGAUGAUGUAGCAAAGAUUAGAACAAUGAUGAAAGAUAAGGGAACAAACAAGACAGCAGGAUGCAGCUUCAUUGAGUUGAGUGGCAAGAUUCAUGCAUUCAUUGUGGGAGACAAAUCACAUCCUCAAUCUGAUCAAAUAUAUGCAAUGUUGGAAACCUUAAUCAAGAAGCUGAAAGAUGCAGGUUAUGUGCCUUGUACAAACUUUGUGUUGCAUGAUGUUGAAGAAGAUGUAAAAGAGGUUAUGCUGUACAGCCAUAGUGAAAAACUGGCUAUUUCUUUUGGGCUUAUCAACACAAGCCCUGGAAGUCCAAUUUGGAUCACAAAGAACCUUCGUGUGUGUGGUGACUGUCAUAUUUUCAUUAAGUUAGUCUCCAAGAUUGUCAAACGGGAAAUCACUGUGAGGGACAAAAACCGUUUCCAUCAUUUCAAGGAUGGAUUAUGUUCUUGCAAGGAUUACUGGUGAGAACUAUUUACAAUAAGCAAUUCAGACAUUUGUAUUACUGCCACAACUUUAAGUAUGAUGUAAUUUUUUGAGCAAAGAAAAAUGUUUAUAUGUCAAUAUAAAAUGGUUCUGUGAAAAAAAAAAAUAAACAAAAUAAAAUGAUUCUGGUUUUAACCAUUAUGUAAAUAAUGUUAUGUAUGCAAAUC